AUGGCAACAGCAAAAAAGCCUUACAGCCUUGCUGAUGCAGGCUGGAAAGAUGAUAUGCCAAAUAAGUUACACCUUUUACCAUUAUUGCAACCACCAAAAGAUGCAUAUAAUGCGCUAUAUGCUCCCAUUCACUUAUGGCCGGAUGAGUGGCAAUUGAAAGCCGAAGUUGCGUUCAACGCAAAAGAAAAUUCAAAGGAAAACUUUUAUCAACAAAAUUGGAUGGCAACAAAGCAUGUCUUUCCGGCAGCCUAUCCUCGUAGUCAUCCUCAAAGCGUUUUUACGCCUGGCAAAGAAUUUGAGCCAAAAAUGAACUUUAACGUUGAUUUGACACCUGCAGAACUAAAGCAAAAACGGAAAGAUGAUAUCAAAAAAGGUCUUUCGAUCAUUCAGCAGGUUGAUUUGGAACCUUUUGUACCUGCUAAAAGUGAACAGGAAGCCAAUGAAAGAGCCAAAGUACUCGCACAAUCAGGUCAACCGCAACUUUGGGGCUGUGUUGAACGUAUUGCAUCAUUCCGUGAACGUCCAAAAGGUAAACCGAUCACAAUAGUCCUGGCACAUGCAACUGGAUUUCAUAAAGAGAUCUUUCGACCAAGCGUUCAAAGUUUGAUCAAAUCAUUCGAGACACAAAACACUUAUUUUAUCGAUGAAAUUUGGAGUUUAGACAACUUUCGUACGGGAGAUGCAGGUUUGCUCAACGCACCUUUUGUUGGUCCGGCUAUUUCCAGUCAUGACAUUGCUCGUGAUAUUCAACAAUUUAUUCAAUUUUAUUUGCCUAUUAGAAGUGCAUCAGAGGACAAAGACGGAUUCGAUAAUUAUCCCUUACAUUUAAAACGACAAGAAUGUGGUCGAGCAAGAGAAGAUAGAACAAUCAUUGCAAUCGGUCAUAGUCAAGGAGCUGCAACAUUACUCAUGGCGAUCAAUGCAGUUGCAAAAGCCAAUCAGCCAAAAACGCAGUUGGUUGAUGGCUUUGUAGCAUUUGAUGCCACUUUUCCGAUACGUGAAAGCUUAUUACUGCAACCGUUGCCGCACAACGAGUCCAAUGUAGCCCUUACUUUGGUACGUAAAGACGUUUUCAUCGAUAAAAAUGAUCUGAUGGAGUAUUUGAACAAAGUACCCAUGUUCAAGACAUUUGAUGAUCGUGUCAAAAAGCUUUAUGCAGACUAUGGCUUCAAACAAGUCAAAGUGGCCAAUAAAGGUGGUGAAGAGUCAAAAAAGACUUUCCUUAUUCCAAAGAUAUCCAAAUGGGCAGAAGCACUGUCAUUUUGUCAAUUAUGGUUGAAUUGUUGGACUUCAACAGAAGUGCAAGCUCGGAACUAUAAUGGCUGGACACAUUUCAUGGUAUCAACGUUUAUCCGCGAUUUCCCAGACAAGAUCGUGGCGGAAGUGUAUACAUUUUGCGAACAGGUCGCAAAAACAAAUUCUCCGUCGAUCACGUUUCAAUAUGUGGAAAAGGGUCAUUUAUACCCAUUAGAAGAUCCUCAUGGGUUUGGACGAGAUGUGGCUAAAGUGUUACACGAGAAACUUCUCGGUUCCGAACACGAACCAGUGACAAAGCCUACAGGGAUCGAAAAGGUGAUUGGAUAUGUCCGAUCACGAUUGUAGAGUAGAAGUCUAGACCAUAAGAUAGAUUCACGAUUGUAGAUCCACCGUCAACUUACGCCACACGUCUUGUUCUCCAUUCUAUUUUUACGGUAAGUGGUGCGUGUGGCACUGAACAAAUUCUACCUUGCAUACAAUCAGUAUGUGUCACGGG